AUGGUAAUCGCCAAUACAAUUCGCGCAUGGCUUCUUUUGGUACCUCUUAUUCCAUCUACUAUGGUCACCAUCUUCAAUCUCUACCAUCUUCUCAGUAGUCGAGCACUUCGCACUGCUCUCAAUAAUCAUAUUAUUAUUCUUCUUCUGUCGGUUGGGCUUAUUGAAAUUCUUACCGAUGUCGUGUGGAAUAUUUAUUUUCUUCGUACUAACAAUUCUCUGUCAUCUACACCUACAUUUUGUAACAUUUGGGCAUUUAUCAGUUCAUCUACGUUUGUAAUAAUUUAUAUCUUGAUGGCAUGGGCAUCAAUUGAACGGCAUAUUCUUGUAUUUCAUUCUAAUUGGUUUGCAACAGUAAGAAGUCGUUUCUUCUUUCAUUAUGUUCCUUUAACUAUAUGUAUUGUUUGGCCUAUAAUAUUUUAUUCUCUCACAUUACUCAUACUACCUUGUGAUUAUCCAUUCUAUUACAAUAAGAGGCAAUGUGGUCGUUACACAUGUAUUUAUCUUGUUAACUGGGUUGGACUAUGUGAUAGUAUAGUAAAUUAUAUAAUACCCGCCUUAGUUGUUGUUAUAUUUAGUGUGGCUCUACUUGCACGUGUGAUAUAUCAUAAAUAUCAAAUUCACCAAAGAGUUACCUGGAGAAACUACAAGAAACUAGUAGCUCAACUACUACCCAUAUCGGCUCUCUAUCUCUGUCUGUUAUUUCCACCUAUGACAUUGUACGCUGCAUAUUCAACCGGUUUGCCAAGGACAGUUGCACCUGAUUAUUUUAGUGAUGGUGUGUUUUUUUGGUUUUGGAUUAUAUUGUUCACUCCAUUUGCAAGUGUUACAUCAUUGCCUGAUUUGCAAACAAAAUGUAGAAGAUUAUUUCUACUUAGGCGAGCAACGCGUGCUAUUGCUCCACAAACAUUAACCAUGAAUCGUCUACAAACUCAGCAAGUAGGUACAAUAGCACGCAAUGUGCAUACUCGUACUUUAAAUAAAUAA